AUGGUCGACGAAAAAAUGGAUGUGAUCGCGAUACAGGAGACCCACUCAAAAGAUAAUAAUAUGGCUACCUUUAAUAACUUUGAAAUGUAUAGUUCUGGCACCACUUCCAAUAAUUGGUCGGGGGUUGCUUUCUUUAUCAGCAAAAGAUUAUGCAAAUACGUGGAUAAAUUUGUGCCCAUUUCGGAGAGAUGCUGUUUACUAUACCUGAAUACCUGCUUCAGGCAAACAAUCUUAGUUAAUGUCUAUGCCCCGCCUAGAAGAAACGAACGGCUCGCAUUCCUUGAUGACCUCGAAAACAUUGUAAACUCUCUUCCUAGGAGUCGUAAUUUGAUAAUCCUUGGGGAUUUAAAUACUAGGAUCGGAAAAGAUGACUCCUUUAUUAGAGAUGGGGUAAUUGGGAAUGCAACUCUCUCUCAAUUAAACAGUGAUGACAGCAGAAAGUUAUUGGAGAUGUGCAGGAGUAUAAACCUCAAGGUCGAAAAUACUUUCUUUUCACACAGCGAAUUAAACACCCUAACCUUCAGUAGAAAUAAUAUCAAGUCUCAGACAGAUUUUAUCAUCUCGAACAUCCAUAGCUGGUUUAUCGAUGUAAAAGUAAUGCCAAAUAUAAAUAUUUCUGAUCAUAAAUUAAUCAGAGCCAGUAUUACUGUGAAAAAUUUAUGGGGAAACUCUCGGCGUCCGUCUCUUCAACCCCAGCCGAGAUACCUGUCCUGGAAGAGAAAUGCAACACACCUGCAACGCCCUGCAGUCAAACUACAGCUCGAUCUAUUCUUAAAUGAUAGGGAGGCAACUUUCUUAUCCUCGUCGGAGUCUCAAUCUGUCGAAGAAUGUUGGGCGUCUUUCAAAAACAACUUGUUUGAUGCCUACAAUCAUUUCCCUAACAUCAACAUUUCUCCACCAAGACAGGAAUGGCUAUCCGAUGACACCAUUCGCAUGAUAGCUCAACUCAAGUUACGAGGUGAGCGUGAUGGUCACUUAUGGACCUCAAUUCAUAGACUCCUAAGGAGAGAUAGAAGGAUCUAUAUUGCUAAAAAGGCUUUUGAGAUAGACAGGGAUAUGAGGGAAAAUAGAACUUUCGACGCCUACAAGAAACUAAACUAUUUUUGUAAAGCCAAAAUCUUCAAGACACUUCCAACUAUAAGACUGGAUAAUAAUAGGUUAAUUACUGACCCCGACGAACAGAUAGCGUUAUGGCUUGACCACUAUAUGGGAGUCUUUGAUUCUAGGAGGCCUACCUUAAUCCCAUCCACUAGUCGAAAUGUUGGACAAUUGGACGCAAACUUUUCAUUGGCUGAAAUUGUGGCCGCUAUUAAGAAGCUUAGGAAUAAUAAAUCUCCGGGUACAGAUAACAUUACAGGAGAACAUCUGAAAGCAGCUCCCUUAACGAUCUCUCGGUUCUUACUUCCUUUGUUACAAGAUAUAGUUGACUGGGAUGAUGCCAGCGGAUUGGAAUAA